AUGGUGACGAGGACCCUAUUGAAGGCACUGAGGCUUGGAGAGGAUCACACUUAUGAUCCUGAUAUCCUCUCGGAAGAGCGGGCUAUCUGGACUCAGUCUGUUAGAUGUGCUGGUCUCAAUCCAUAUGCGAACUCUACCACAAAAUGCUUUGUAUCGGGCGAAGGCAGGAUGGACAAGUGCGGGAUGAUUGACCUUGAUUCUUUUGAAGAUGACGAUCCAAACUUCCCAAAUGGCAUUGCGCUUAAAACAUAUGGGCACAGUACCAAAAUGCCUAGUGCCUACCCUUCUCACACAAAAUGCUUGGAUAUUUUCAUGUGUGUCUUAGCCCACAAAGCUGGCGUGAAGUGGACAAAAAGCCACCGUGAUGCAUGUGAUGAUUGGUUGCUGUCGGCUCCACAAAUCGACAAGGAAACUCUCUACUCGGUUCUGGACAGUAUCGCAGAAAUAGGCCCGUUUAGUUUCCUAGGUACUGACUAUGGAAUGUUGCUACCGUUUGAGCUGCUUGAGAAGAUUUUUUCCUGGCUGGAUGUAUCCGGUCUCAUCAACAUCCUCCAGGCAUCCCCACAUCUUUAUCGAUCAUUUGGGAACAGCCCAACCUUCUGGCAUCCAGUGCUGGAUUUCAAUAUGCCGUGGUUUUUUGAGCUGGAGAUAUUUAACGACGGAGCCCUUGAAUGUUACGAAAUUGAAAGCUCGCCGAAUCCAAACGAUCAAGAUGAUGAUUUCGAUCACACUGCUCCGAGUUCAGCCCAUGGAAAGUCUCUGCAUCGCCUCUGCUUAUGGGCAAAUAAAGCGACAGAGACGUAUCAUGGUAUGGAAGGGUCAUUCAUGGGAGUAGCAAACCGCCGUCGCAUUUGGACCGUCUGUGAGCCAAUCGUGGAGCGAUACCUAAGCCAGGCAGCAUAUCCUGGACAAGAACCUACCAACGGCAAGACGAUCGAUUUGGACCCCCAGAUUUUGAAAUCAGCGACCUGUUUUUGGAUUCCACUAGUGAGCAUUCCAAAGCCGAAAAAAUACCACCCCGAGACGGUCUUCUGGGUUCGAGAUUGGAAUGACAUCGACAGCGCUUUUACGCUCAAAAUCUUCUGGAAUUUCAAAAAGAAUCUCGUUGGUCUGGGAGUUAAGAUUCAUCGAAACUAUAAUCCAGAUCUGAGGCUUUUCGGAGCCUCGGAUAGCCAAGAUGGGUACACAGUCAAUACCAUGCAGGUCCAGGAUGGGGACUGGAUCCAAGGAUUCAUCCUGCAUUACCCUCAAAUCUACGCCCCACCCGAAAACAAUGAGGUUAGUGAGAGAGAUGAGACAGACGUCGUCGGCAUCACAGUUCUUUUGCACUCUGGAAGAAAGGAAAGCUUCGGCGACAUUGAGGCUCAUCGUGUCAAAAGGCUGAUGAUGGCAGCUGAGCGAAUGGUUAUUGUCGGACUUACAGGCCAUGUAGGUGAACGAGAGACACCCACAGGCAUGGUAGACAUCAUAUCUCGCAUUGGUCUGGUGCAGUGCCCAAUGAACAGAGAUUCAAUUGAAGGGGAGGAACGACCCGAUGAAAACUUUCACGUGGAUGGAAACGGUGGGCAAAUAUGGAGCCGCAGUCCGUUGUUGAAGACGCUUCCCUUGACAGACGACUCCAGUUCCAUUUUCACAAUGGAAGAUAUUGGAUCUCUGAGCUCAAAUGCGGACCUUCAAAUUCUCUGUCUGAGUCUCCAGAUCACCCGAACACCCUCAGCAACGGGCGUUUCCAUUUGGGACUUGCCCAAUUUGCGCAUACAUCAAACCCCUCCAUGUACUGAUGAAUUUCCCCCUGAGCUGAAAGCAUAUCAGCCUUUGAUAUGGGCAAAAAACAAAAGUGAGGCUCGUGCUCUCCGGCAGUUGACUUGCUACAAAAAGGAACGCGGCUUUGGGACUUUGGUUUACGGGCUUCGGGCAGACUAUGCACCCUUAUCGAUGAUCAAGCGUCGUCAGAUCAAAAGCCAAAUGAGUGGAAUUGGUCCAACAUGGAAAAAUGAAGACUGA